CGGGGUCGGAGAGUGGAGAGGCGCCUGUCCCUGGGAAGAAAAUACCAUGUCGAUUGAAAUAGAGUCCUCGGAGUGAGUCCUGCGGUGGCGGAUGCUGGCGAAGUGGCGGGGGCCGGGAAGUGAAGGAUGUGGGCUGGAAGGUGCUCGGGGAAGGCAUCCGAGAGACUAGUGUGAUCCGCCUUAUCAUGCAGUACCUGAAGGAGAAUAGUUUACAUCGGGCAUUGGCUACCUUACAGGAAGAAACUACUGUAUCUCUGAAUACUGUGGACAGCAUUGAGAGUUUUGUGGCUGACAUUAAUAGUGGCCAUUGGGAUACUGUUUUACAGGCCAUACAGUCUCUGAAGUUGCCAGACAAAACCCUCAUUGACCUCUAUGAACAGGUGGUUCUGGAAUUGAUAGAGCUCCGUGAACUGGGGGCUGCCAGGUCACUUUUGAGACAGACUGACCCCAUGAUCAUGUUAAAACAAACACAGCCAGAGCGAUAUAUUCAUCUGGAGAACCUGUUGGCAAGGUCGUAUUUUGAUCCUCGUGAGGCAUACCCAGACGGAAGUAGCAAAGAGAAGAGAAGAGCAGCAAUUGCCCAGGCCUUAGCUGGGGAAGUCAGUGUGGUGCCUCCAUCUCGUCUCAUGGCAUUGUUGGGACAGGCACUGAAGUGGCAGCAGCACCAGGGGUUGCUUCCUCCUGGCAUGACCAUAGAUUUGUUCCGAGGCAAAGCAGCUGUGAAAGAUGUGGAAGAAGAAAAGUUUCCUACACAGUUGAGCAGGCAUAUUAAGUUUGGUCAGAAAUCACAUGUGGAGUGUGCUCGAUUUUCUCCAGAUGGUCAGUAUCUGGUCACUGGGUCUGUUGAUGGAUUCAUUGAAGUAUGGAACUUUACGACCGGAAAAAUCAGAAAGGACCUUAAGUACCAGGCACAGGAUAACUUUAUGAUGAUGGAUGAUGCUGUCCUCUGCAUGUGUUUCAGCAGAGAUACAGAAAUGUUAGCGACUGGGGCCCAAGAUGGAAAAAUCAAGGUAUGGAAGAUUCAGAGUGGACAGUGCUUGAGGAGAUUUGAAAGAGCACACAGUAAAGGUGUCACCUGUCUAAGCUUUUCUAAGGAUAGCAGUCAGAUCCUUAGUGCCUCUUUUGACCAGACAAUUAGAAUUCAUGGUUUAAAAUCUGGGAAAACUCUGAAGGAAUUUCGUGGCCAUUCCUCCUUUGUUAAUGAAGCAACAUUUACUCAAGAUGGACAUUAUAUUAUUAGUGCAUCCUCUGAUGGCACUGUAAAGAUCUGGAAUAUGAAGACCACAGAAUGUUCAAAUACCUUUAAAUCGCUGGGCAGCACUGCAGGGACAGAUAUCACUGUCAACAGUGUGAUCCUGCUUCCUAAAAACCCAGAGCACUUUGUGGUGUGCAACAGAUCAAACACAGUGGUCAUCAUGAACAUGCAGGGGCAGAUUGUCAGAAGCUUCAGCUCUGGUAAGAGAGAAGGUGGUGACUUUGUUUGCUGUGCCCUCUCCCCCCGCGGUGAAUGGAUCUACUGUGUAGGGGAGGACUUUGUGCUCUAUUGCUUUAGCACAGUCACUGGCAAACUGGAGAGAACUUUGACAGUUCACGAGAAGGAUGUGAUUGGUAUCGCUCAUCACCCUCACCAGAACCUGAUUGCUACCUACAGUGAAGAUGGCCUCCUAAAGCUCUGGAAACCCUAAUUCAACUUUUCUUUUUAAGCUAGCUUGAUAUCAUGUACUUGAUAUUCAUGUAUUGCUUUCUUUUUUUAGGCCAGCUUUUCUAAGCAAAUUGAGGUAGGCACAAUAAUUAUUUUGUGCAAAUACAUGUUUAAGUAGCAGUUACUCUUUUUUACAUAUUUUAAAGGUAUUCAUCUGUUUCUAAUUGUGGUGUCACUUAAUAUUUUCAAUAAUCUACCUGGAGAAUGAAAUAAUGGUAUUUCUAGGAAAAAAUUAUACUCCUUUAAUUAUUGGAAGUGCUGAUUAAAAUGUACCUCUUGCAGUAAAACCUGUAAAUAAAGAGCUAACUGUCCCGUAUUCAGUAGCUGUUUGCUGUUCCCAUCCUUUUUUUUUAGAUGUCAAUAAACUCUAUGCCUUUCUGGAGACUUUGUUUUAAAUGUAAAUAAAUGCUCACUCAGUUAACAUUUACUUAGAGUCAAGUGAAGGUGGGUGGAACACAGUAUUAUCCAUGAAUCUUUAAGUACAGUAGCAAGUCAGUUCCUGGGUAGAAGGAUAAACUGAAUGUAAAAAAGUCAGGUGUUGCAUAGACUCUCAUUUCACUGCCCUUACCUGUCCACUCAUUUGUCUUAGCUGUACCUUUUCCCAUGUUAUGGCCAACUCUAAAAAAAUAUCAUCUCUAUCUUCUAGAUAGAACUAGUUGCAGGAUCCAUUAUGAGAAUUCAGUUUUGGCAUCUCCCCUUUGUAUGUGAAGGAGGGUUUGGCAUUGAAAAUGUGCUGCUGUUUUGAAGAAAAAUUAGAAAAGGACCUGAGAUUUAGAAGCCUUUUUUUUGCUAUGUGCAUCAUUACCUGUUAAAGAAAAAAGUUGAAAGCCAACAAAACCCCUGACAGUGUUUUGUUUCAACUAAUGAUGCAGUAUGAACUCAAGUUGAUCUUGAUACUGGUACCAUUUCAAGAAAGUUAGACCUUGUUUGUGUAGGUCUUUUAUGCCCCCUUUAAAUUUUAGCAUUUACUAGGCACAAAGUAGUUGGGAACUUAAAAAAAUUUUGCAGUCUUAUAAUUUACCUUUGAUUGUAAUUUGGAAAUACAGCCUAAUUCUGGGCCUGCUUUAAUAAUGCUUAGUGUUGGCUGCAUUCAUAGAAACCCUAAGAUUAAAUUCCUCUUUCCUGGUUAUAUUCCCAAAACUUUUUUUCUUUUUGCCACAAAACCUGCAGCUUUUGACAGAAUGUCAUUUGCUGCCAUUUUGAGAGGUGAAAGCCGUGAAUCCAUGAAUUCAUGUAAA